AUGGCUAAAUUUAAGGACAAAGGUAAAGCGCGUUUUCACGUACAUCAAAAUUUAUCGGCAGCAGAGUUAAGAACCGCUGAAAUCGAAGUUUGUCGCUUGGCUCAGAGGGAAGUCUUCGGCGAAGAGAUUCAGUUAUUGGCGGACGGCAAGUUUUUGCCAAAGAGUAGUACAAUUUAUAGCCUAACCCCGAUAUUGGAUGAGGACAAGGUCUUACGAUUGGCAGGUCGUAUUGAUAGAGCGAAAUGUGUUGCCGCAGAUACAAAUCGGCCUAUAAUUCUACCGAAGGUUCACGCCUUAACUACAUUGAUUGUACGUCAUUUUCAUGAGCGGUAUCAGCAUCAAAAUCAGGACACUAUUUGUUCAGUGAUUCGUCGCAAGUUUUGGAUACCAUGUAUAAGACAGCAUGUUCGAUCGGCAAAGGUGCAUUGCCAGCUGUGCAAAAAUAUGUCCGCUAAGGCAAAGCCACCCCUCAUGGGACAAUUGCCGGAAGACCGUCUUAUUCCGUUUAUCAGACCUUUCUCAUACGUGGGCCUAGACUAUUUCGGCCCAUUAGCGGUGACCGUGGGUCGGCGGCAUGAGAAAAGGUGGGUGGCGCUCUUUACGUGCAUGUCUAUUAGGGCAAUACAUAUCGAGCUCGCAAAAGAUUUAUCGGCGGACUCAACAAUAGUAUGCUUGAGGAAUUUUAUGAACCGACGAGGAGUGCCCGUCCGCAUCAGAAGCGAUAGGGGUACUAAUUUUGUAGACGCCAGUAAAGAGGAGUUAGUGCUAAUCGAUCAACGUGUGGCAGAUGAAUGUGCAAGGCGUGGCGUGGAGUGGGUAUUUAACACCCCUGCAAAUCCAUCAGCUGGUGGAAUAUGGGAGCGAAUGGUUCGCUCCGUGAAGCGUGUAUUAGCCUUUGUGCUAAAAGAGAAGGCUCCACAAGCGGAAACGCUAAUUUCGUUACUUAUCGAGGCUGAGAAUCUAGUUAACUCGCGUCCUUUAACACAUUUACCGCUAGAAAGUGACAGCGCCGAGCCUCUAACACCGAACCACUUUCUACUUGGUGGCCCGAACUUCGUGCAAACUCCAACAGUGGACGAACAAGUAUGCUUAC